ACUAAUCAAACCGAUAGCCAAUCUCCACGUUUCUAUAAAACGAAACUUGAAUGAACUCCAACUAAUUCAGAUCAAAAACUCUAAAACCAUGCAUGUGAAAAAAAUUCUAAUUCCCAUAAUAAUCGCCCUUGGCUUUGUCGGUCUUUGUUAUGGCCAGGAAGAAGCGGCUCCUGAUCCACCGUCCGGCGGGUCAGAGGAGAAAACGGGCGAGGACCCUCCAGCUGAACCCCCAGCUGCCGAAGAAAAAAAAACAUCUAGUGGCGGUCAAGAAAAAAAGAAGGAAGAAAAUGUGAAAGAGGACCCUAAAAAGGGCCCAAAAGAGGCGCCCGGAACUGAGGCCGCUUUGCCGCCUACUCCACUUGCAUUACUUCUAGAGAUUCUUCUUCCGGGGUUAAAGGUUCCGGCACCGUUGGCACCUGUUGCCCUGCAAGCUCUACUGAUAGGGCUUGUUACUCCCGGAAUUAAUGUCAAAGUUAUUUCGUUUCUUCUGGCUGUUCAGUUUUGCACUGAAAUAGAGCGCUCGGGGCAGAGCUGAUGGGGUGAUUUGUAUUUUUAUGGGUGAAUUUAUGGGAUUGGAAUAAACAUCAAAAAAUUUUUUUCGAUAAUACAUAUUUAUUGUUUUAUUUAUGGUAUAAUUACAGUUUUGAGGAUUUAGGUUUUUUAAUUAUUUUUAUGAAGGUAUUUGUAAUCAUAGUCUGAUGUGCGAAAAUUCCCAAAUAAAAAACAUGAUUCAA